AUGGAUCCUUACGACGAUGGUUUUAUCGAGGAGCAGGAAGAGCAGGAGGAAGAGCGCACCGAGGAGAAGGUGAUCAAUGAAGAAUACAAAACAUGGAAGAAGAACGCACCAUUCCUUUAUGACAUGAUCCUCAGUACGGCAUUAGAAUGGCCGACUCUUACGACGCAAUGGCUUCCCGAUAAGCAAGAGGUCCCGGACAAACCGUAUUCGACUCAUCGCCUGCUUAUCGGCACACAUACUUCGAGUGAUGCGCAGAAUUAUUUGCAGAUUGCUCAUGUUCAACUCCCUAACCCUACUGCUCCGAACCCGGAUGAUUACGAUGAAGAACGGGGGGAGAUUGGCGGGUAUGGCGGCAGCUCUAAAAAGGCCCCUAUGGAGAUCAAGUUCAACAUUGUGCAGAAAAUUGAUCACAAGGGCGAGGUCAACAAGGCUCGGUACCAACCGCAGAAUCCUAAUGUGAUCGCUACCAUGUGCACGGAUGGAAGAGUGAUGAUCUGGGAUCGCUCAAAGCAUCCAAGCCUGCCUACAGGAACAGUCAACCCUCAAAUGGAGCUUCUUGGCCACACUAAGGAAGGUUUUGGUAUUAGCUGGAGCCCGCAUACUGCAGGUCAUCUCGUUACGGGUAGCGAGGACAAGACUGUCAGACUCUGGGACUUGACUACAUACACAAAAGGAAACAAGGCUCUCAGGCCGUCGCGAACCUACACUCACCAUUCUUCAAUCGUCAAUGAUGUUCAAUACCAUCCUCUUCAUUCUUCGCUCAUUGGAACGGUAUCUGAUGAUAUCUCCCUCCAAAUUCUGGAUAUUCGUGAACCGGAUACAACUCGUGCGGCUGCUUCCAGCGAAGGUCAGCACCGUGAUGCCAUCAACGCUAUUGCCUUUAACCCAGCUGCGGAGACUGUUCUGGCCACCGGGUCAGCGGACAAAUCGAUCGGCAUCUGGGAUCUCCGUAACUUGAAGGCUAGGUUACACGCGCUUGAGUGCCACAGUGACUCUGUUACUUCUCUCUCUUGGCAUCCGUUUGAAGAAUCUGUACUGGCUAGUGCAAGUUAUGAUCGUAAAAUCAUGUUCUGGGAUCUUAGCCGUGCUGGCGAGGAGCAAAGCCCAGAGGAUGCGCAGGAUGGACCGCCUGAGCUGUUGUUCAUGCACGGUGGUCACACCAACCGGAUCUCCGACUUCAACUGGAAUCUUAACGACCCAUGGGUUCUCUGCUCUGCUGCGGAGGACAACCUCCUACAAGUUUGGAAGGUCGCGGAUGCUAUUGUUGGCAAGGACUUGGAGGAUGUGCCGACGGAGGAGUUGGAGCCUUGA